AUGGCGUCGAAUCACGUGCCUGCCGACCAGGUCCCCAUUCAAGGCCAGGUCUACGCCGACCCCUCGUACCAGCACCUCUUCUCGUCGGUCGAUCGCUAUGGCACACCGACAUGGAACUCCCAGAUUCACCAACAUGCCGCCCUGGCCCCUGCUGCACACGGCCAGACCUGGCAUCCCGGUGCAUUUGCACAGCAGCAGCAGCAGCAGCAGCAGCAACAGCAACAGCAACAGCAACAGCAACAGCAACAGCAACAGCAACAGCAGCAGCCACAUCACCAACAACACCAAUCCUUUGGCGCCAUGAACCAGUCGUAUGCGGCACAGAACCACGGCCUCCGCACAGAAUCGCCCUACCAGUAUGGCCAGUUCAGUCAGCAAGGCUCGCUGGCCAACUACGCCCAGCCGUCCAACGUUGAUCCAUCCCUGGGAAUGGACCCCAAUGCCAUCCGCCAGCAGCAACAAUCGCCCUACCAGAUGCCAAUGCGCACGCUGACUCCCCAGAGCCAUGCCAGCACCGUGACACCGCAAGCCCUCCAGCACGAUGUCAGCUCGCUCCAGCAGGCUCGACCCACUGCCACCUCCUACCAACUGCCCAAACCCACAGCAGAGACUUUUACUCCGCAGCGUGCUGCACCUGCAUCGUUUGUAAAGCCAGUGCCCAUCCCUGACUUGGAAAUUCCAAAGGGAAGGAAGUCAGGUGGUCUCUAUGUAAUUGAUCAGGCUGCGUUGGCAAAAGCUACUAAUUCUACUCCACUGAAUAAAUUCGUGACUCUGGGCAAUGAACCCUUUCAUUUGACAACCAAUAGAACUGCACUCCCAGUCUAUGUGGCUCGAAACUCGCUCAAGGAUCUGAAGAAGGCGGGAGCAGACAGCAAGAAGCUUCGCGCCACGCAGCUGGCUUCCAAGUCGCAGUCCAAAGCCCUCAAGUCGAUCAAGAAGCCCGCAGAGUCAAAGAGGGAAGUUAGCGACAGUGGGAGCUCCACAGAUUCAUCCGAGUACGAGACGGACUCUUCGGAUGAAGAAGAAGAGGAGAUGCCGAUCCCCGCCAUACGGCCCGAGGAUCCAGACGCGGCUGUCCGCUACGACGUGGUCAAGGCUACGUGGCAUCCGUCCACAUCAUCCCCGAGCUCCGAGAAGAUCAAGCUCAGUAUGCGUGAGGUCUGGGAGGUGCUGAAUACCAUUCAAAAACGGUGGCGAGCCGACAGCAAAGCUGUAUCGGAAGCCGAGGAACAGAAGAAGACAGGUGAGCUGCCGGUACUCAAGAGUCGUGUGACGAGCCAGCGCGACUUGCUCAAGUCUGCUCUUGAGGCGGCACUGCAGUCAGCACACCCUGAUGUUCUUUACCAGUUGGGGCAGAUCAAGCCUUUCCUGUAUCUGUGCUACCAGUUUCUGGCGAACCGAUUCCAUAGUAAAGAUUACGAUGGGCCCUUGUCCGCAGUCAUCUACGAGGUUCUCUCGCGAUGCGGUACACUGACUUCUGAGCUCCUCGAAGAGACUAAGCUUAUCAAAGCCCUUGCUUCCAUGAAGAAGCAUGCAAAUGAAAAGCACAAGACUUUUAUUCAGCAAGUGAUGGACAGCGCUGCCGCCAAUUCCAAAAAGGCCAAAGCAAGUCCUCCGCCAAAGACCGAAUCCGCAGACAGCAAGGGCGUCAAGCGACCAGCCUCGGACGCUGCAAGCCGCCCGACAAAUGAGGCCAAUUCGGUGAAGAAGGCAAAGGCACCUGAUGCUGUCACCUCGGCACCCAAGAACUCUACAGCAGCACCGGGUUCAAAGUCGGCAGUAGCUCCUGCUGCUGCGACCAUACAGAAGCGACCUGGCGACAAGACGACAUCAGCACCAGCACCCGUCAAGACGCGCGUCAGCCAAGUCACCAACAAGCCCUCUGGUAUUUUUGCCUCGCUCAAUGCGGCCAGCAAAAAGACAGCGCCGGCAUCAGCCACGGCAGCGGGAGCAAAGGGGGCUGCAGCGUCCAAAGGGGCUGUGCCAGGGGCAAAGGAAAAGAAAGUGGUGGCCACACCGGCAGCAAAGCCCUCUUUUUCGUUUGCCCAGACCAUGGCCUCACUCCAGAAGCCCAAGGAGCAAGAAGCGGCGCCUGUAAAGUCGGAGAAGCCCAUGCCAGCGGAAACCGAAGAAGAAAAGGCCAAGCGGCUGCGCAAGGAAUCCCGAAGACACCUGCGUGUAGCCUGGCGGCCCGACACAUCACUGGUCGAAAUCAAGUUCUUCGACCACGAGGCCGACGACGAAGAGAUGGACCGCAAAGAAGACCACCUUGUCCGGGAUGCUGGCGACCUUGGCGGAGAGGGACGCAUGUUCAAGCAGCACAAAGAGCUGGAUCUCGAUGACGAUGACGAGGAAUGGGAGGGCGAACAGAGAUCUUGGUUGCCACCAUCUGAAGUCGACUUUAGCGUUGUACAUCCCGAGGAACGCCAGCGAAACUACAUGCCUUUUGGAGGUGGCCUGAUGCAGCCGUCUUGCCCUGAGAAGGAAGCCAACAUGCUGCGUGAGAAUGCUACACUGAUGGUCUAUUAUUCCAACAGCGAAGACAUCCCGCCGUCUCCAAAGGAGCCCAUGGAGCAAGCACAGGAGGACAUGUCUACUGCCACCGUCAUCAACUUUGGACCACCCCCUGACACGGUGCUGAGGAAGUGCCCGCAACAGCCAGCGCCCACUGGUGUUCCUGACCUCAGUCAAUUGGAGAACAUUAUUAAGCAACUAUCGGCUACCAACUCAACUCCAGCCGCACCGGCGCCAGCAGCUCCCGUUGAGACGACAUACACACCACCACCUCCCGCCUCGGCGGCUCCUCCAUUGGGUACGACGGGACUUCAAAAUCUUCUCAACUCUCUCAGUAAUAGCCAGCCUCCGCAGGCUCCUGCACCUGUUUCUUUCCCGAUGCAGAACGCACCGCAACAACCCGCUAUGUCUCUUGACAUUGCUGCCCUAAUCGCCAACAUGCAGGCAGCGACCGGGGGUGCGCUUCCACCACCGCCUCCACUACCGACUGGAUUUCCUCCAUUUCCAUUUGCAUUUCCCACUCAGCCCCAACAGCCCGAUGCUGCUGCCUGGUCUCAGGCGAUGCCGGAUGCGGCAACGUACCAAAGUCAGACGCAGCCCGCGUACAGCCAGCAGGCCAAUGCUGGUACCAAGCGGCAGCGCGACGAAAGCAACGGCAACAAUGACCGCAACCAAGGGAAGCGGCCCAAGAAUCGAGGAGACCACAAGCCACAUAAGGUACUCGCAUGCAAGUUCUACCUCAAGGGCCAAUGCAACAAGGGCGAUAACUGCACUUAUAUCCACGACACCAACCAAUGAUUUUCCUUUCGGACGCGGUAUUGUACGUUUCCCGGUAAUGCCCACUGCAUCUUCAACACUGGUUGCUGAACGGAUUUUGUCUCUCGGAAAUUGCUCUAGUUUCUGCAGAGAGACGGGUGGGCUUGUAUAAUAAGAGCAUUCCCUUCAUUUUGUCAUGUUUCUUUUCCUUUGGUCAUGAUUCGAGCAUCUGCAUGCAUACCCCGGGCGAUGGAGCGGCGCCCUUGUGUAGGGCUCGAGGCAUUUAACGGCGUUUGUCACAGCAUUAAUAGGAUAGCAUUUGAGCGGCGCUGGACGGACACGGCUAUGGACGAGAGAUAUGGACGGGGGCCAGGCAGCAGGCCCAGUGUAU